UUUUAUGAAUUUUAUAGUAAUUUCGCCUAUAUUCAUUUAUCUUUUCCUUAUUUUGUUUUCGGUAAUUUCGUUUACAUUCAAGCACCUUUUCUUUAUUCUUUUCAUUGUAAUAUUCUUUAUGAUAUUCACUUUUAUUAAACAAUUUGCUCUCUUCAUUAUCUGUGUCCUUUUUCUUAUUUUUUAA